AUGGCACCAAGCGACUGGCUGUCUGUGAGCCAGACAAAUUUCAGGAGAGGCGUUGAAGAUGAUCUAGCUACAUUGCCAGAGACACUAGGAAACUGGGACAAAUGUAUGGAGAAAUCCUGGUGCAAAUACCCCCUAAUUGCAGGCUGCGUCGUCGGCGCCCUGGUCCUGAUAUCUAUAACAUGGUGCUGCUACCGAUGCUGCUGCCGUAGUCGCCGCAAGAAGGCCGACCGUUCCAAAUCCACAUUCUUCAAUGACCCGGUGCCUUCGUACAUGUCGCACCCCCCACCACGACCUACACCGAGCGGGUACAACAGCAGCAAUACCAUCGGGCCAAAUACCUCAAAUUCGACACCAGCCCCGCAAUAUGCAUACUUCGCAUCUGGCACCACAGGACCAAAGGAUAACGAUGCUCUUCCCGUCAUGCCUUCGUGGAACGGCUCCAAAAAUGAAAAGGUAGAGGACACAUCUGUCAAAGUCGAGGCCAUCGAACUGGAAGAUGUAUCUUCUGCGUCUACCCCUCCACCGGCCAAUAACCGCCUUAACAAUAACAAUGCCGACUACCACCAAUCCAACCGUCCAAACUUCCAAUCACAACAGCCUCAGAACCUCAAUCCCUUUGGCCCACAGCGUCUAAAUAACCCGUUCGGCCCACAGCCCCCGAGCGGGCCCCCCGCAUUCCCCCCUCCAAACCGUACCCAAUCCCCAUACCCUGAAUCUCACACAAUGCCAACAGCCAUAAUCCCCCCACCAACCACCAACCCCCACUACAACACCGCCCAGGGCCUGGACGACUUCGACUUCAACCCCCAUAUCAACGCCCAAAACCAAGGUCCCUAUGCCAACGCCGAGAUCUACCCCCCAGAACCGUCCUACCAGCACCAACAAACCGGCGUCACCCAGCCCCAACAACCACAAUUCACAGGAACAACCUCCCCACCACCGCCAUUCCAACACCAAACCUUCACCGGCACUACAAUCUCCGGGGAAACACACGCCUACACUCCAACCCCCCCUCCUCAAGCGCUCCUAACCGCCCAACAAACCGGUGGUCUGCCUUCCCAUCCAACAUCUCACACUCCUCCUCCGCUCCCAAGUUUCAACACCUCAGGUACCACCGCAAACGGAUUCAACCCUGCAAAUAACCCCCCACCACCGCCACCACAAACAACAUCGAUCCCACGACCCCAAAAUAGCAGCGGUGGAUUUGUAGCGCAGAUGGAUGACGAUUUUGGACAUUCGCCCGUUCAUCUUACAAAUCCUCAUCUACAGAAUAAUAACACCGGUGCAACUGGAGGGUUCAAUCACAAUGAUUUCGAUCAUGGUGGAUAUAGCGCCUACAACCCACAUAAUAACUAUCAACAGCAGCCCCAGCAGCAGCAUCAUCAGCAACAGCAGCCGGGAUGGAGUGCUUUCUAA